GCUUUUUCUCAGAGCAAGAUAGACCCUCACCACCGCCAUGAAUUCCGUCAUUGCAACAUGUUUUGACAAGGCUAUUAAGGAGAGUAAGCUUCCUUUGGUGUUUAUAGCAACGCGGGAGGAAAAGUUGAUGUCUGCGGUUAACGCUCUGAAUCAGACCAAAGGGGUCUAUUUCGUCUUUGCUGGCGACGAGUCGGGAUCCCCUCACCCUCGUAACCUGCACGUUCUCCAAGCCCCAUUAAGAACGUUGAGAUGAGCCAGCCGCCACCACCGAGGAAGCGUUCUCGUGAAGAGAGCCCGGCACGGGAUGGGUCGGCGUCUGUUCGGUCGUCGGUUCGCCCUGGGGUUGUGACGUUUGUUGGCCCGAGGGCAUCCCCAGUGCCCCAAUACAGCCAGGGGUCUCCUCUGGCAUCGACUAUCAAGUGGGGCAGCGAGGCAUCCCCGAAGUACACCCAACAGUCCCCUGUAACAUCACAAGCAGGGUGUUUGUCGGGGCGUGUAAACAUGCCCUCGCCAAUGUACGACCCGUCACAGCAAGCGGGGGUUUUGUCGGGGAGUAUAAACAUUGGCUCGUCAGUUUAUGCUCCGUCGCAACAGACACCCAGGUCCUCGCGUCCUCCUCCGUUAAAGAGGAUUAAACCUAGGAAGCUUUCCUUGUCCUAUUGGAACAAGGGGCUGACCCAAAAUAUGGAGAAUCUACCACCUGUGGAUGAAAUAUCCCAGGCGGUUGAUGUCAACUUUUGGACAGCCCUUAGUUUUGCAGGUUUUCAGCGCGCUAAUGGUUAUCUGCCAUUGUGUACAGCAGAAGAUGGUGAAAAGAUUGUGAUUGAUUAUUUUAUCCGAGCGAGGAAUUUCUUGGGUUGCCUUUUCCCAACGUCCGAGGUGACGUCGGAGAAGUGGCGCAUUCCUCGCCUCUUUCACGCUACCACCUUCACGCUGGUGUCACGAGUCACGGAUCCCGCCAAAAGAUUCGCCUGCACCACCCGAGACCUCGUACGCUGUGUCUGCGGCAACCGCUUGGGGAGACAGUCGGGAAUGACAGUGAUACUUAAAGACAUUAAUAAAGAAAAUAUUAAUCUUCGGUGUUUUAUCUCCAUUCCUGCUAAAAUUGCUACAUACCAUGCUUCAUAUAGUCGUCUCAUCUAA